UUUUUCUUUCACUUCCAAAAUUUUUAGUAAAAAAUCAAAAUUAGGAAAAUUCAACAAAAAAUUUACCAAACAUGAACAUUUUAGUCAUAACGCUAUUGGCCUCACUGGCGUUGCAAUUCGCUCUCGCUAGCGUAAAAGAAGAGAUUACCGCCACUGAGUACAUUGAGAAUUUGAGCAAAGAGAUCGCUCGUCACACAAAUCUGGAGACGGAAUCCUCAUGGGCCUAUGCAUGUAAUAUCAAUGAUGAGAAUGAGCGCAAGAAGAACGAAGUCGCUGCCGAUGUGGCCAAAUUCAUGAAAGAAGUGGCCACCGAUUUACAGAAAUUCAAUUGGCAAACAUUUAAAUCGGAAAGCUUGCGGCGUCAAUUCAAAAUGCUUACAAAAUUGGGGUACGCAGCGCUCAGCGAAGCCGAUUACGCUGAGUACUUGAGCGUCAUGUCUACUAUGGAAUCGAACUUCGCUAGAGUGCGCAUUUGUGACUACAAGAAUGCCACCAAAUGCGAUCUAUCGCUCGAUCCCGAAAUUGAGGACAUCCUUACCACCAGCCGCGAUCCAGAGGAGCUUAAAUAUUACUGGCGCGAAUUUUACGACAAGGCUGGCACAGCGGUACGUGGACCCUACGAGAAAUAUGUUGAGCUGAAUACCAAAGCGGCUAAGCUUAACAAUUUUACAUCUGGCGCUGAACUUUGGUUGGAUGAGUACGAGGAUGACACCAUUGAGCAGCAACUUGAGGCCAUUUUCGACGAUUUGCGUCCACUGUAUCAGCAAGUGCAUGGUUAUGUGCGUAAUCGUUUGCGUCAGUUUUAUGGCAAUGACGUCGUGUCUGAGAAGGGCCCCAUUCCGAUGCAUUUGCUGGGCAACAUGUGGGCCCAACAGUGGUCGAGCAUUGCCGAUAUUAUUUCACCUUUCCCUGAGAAGCCGCUCAUUGAUGUCACCGAUGAGAUGGUUGCACAAGGCUACACGCCAUUGAAAAUGUUUCAAAUGGGCGAUGAUUUCUUCCAAUCGAUGAACUUGACUAAGUUGCCACAAGAUUUCUGGGAUAAGAGUAUCUUGGUGAAGCCUGACGAUGGUCGUGAUUUGAUUUGCCAUGCUAGUGCUUGGGACUUCUAUUUGGUAGAUGAUGUGCGCAUCAAGCAAUGCACACGUGUAACUAUGGACCAACUCUUCACUGUGCACCACGAAUUGGGACACAUCCAAUACUUCUUGCAAUAUCAGCAUUUGCCGUUCGUCUACCGCACUGGUGCUAAUCCUGGUUUCCACGAAGCUGUCGGGGAUGUGCUCUCGCUCUCGGUAUCUACACCAAAACAUUUGGAAUUAAUCGGCCUGCUGAAGAACUAUAAACGCGAUGAAGAGGCACGCAUAAAUCAACUCUUCUUGGCUGCACUGGAUAAGAUUGUCUUUCUGCCCUUCGCAUUCACCAUGGAUAAAUAUCGUUGGGCACUGUUCCGUGGAGAAGUGGACAAAAAGGAUUGGAACUGUGCUUUCUGGAAGCUGCGCGAAGAGUACUCUGGCAUUGAACCACCAGUAGUGCGCACUGAGAACGACUUCGAUGCACCCGCUAAAUAUCACGUAUCCGCCGAUGUAGAGUACUUGAGAUAUUUAGUUUCGUUCAUCAUUCAAUUCCAAUUCUACAAAUCCGCUUGCAUCAAGGCUGGCCAAUAUGAUCCCACCAAUCCAGAAUUGGCUUUGGAUAACUGCGACAUCUAUGGCAGUUUCGAAGCGGGUCAAGCUUUUAAAAACAUGCUUUCCUUGGGCGCCUCGAAACCAUGGCCCGAUGCUCUGGAGGCCUUCAAUGGUGAACGUACAAUGAGCGGCAAGGCUAUCGCUGAAUAUUUUGAACCACUACGCGUUUGGUUGGAAGAGGAAAAUAAGAAGAACAAUGUCCACAUUGGCUGGACGAAGUCGGACAAAUGUGUUUCUUCGCAAGGUCGGCUCGUCCUUUAAUAACCAAAUGAAAUUAAAUACUGCGUUUUGGCGUUGAGUUUGGAUUAUUUUGAUUUGAAAGAAACUUAAUUCCUUAAACAGUUUUGUAAACUUUAUAUAGAAAAAAUUCAGUAUUAAAAAUUAAUACCUAAAUAAA